AUGCUUCAGGAGAUGGAGCAGUGCAGUGCUAAAGGUGUAGAAGGGUGUGACCAUGAGAGCGAUAGGGGUUCGACAUUAACGGAGAAGCUUGAGGAGAUGAUGGAUGAGCAGCUUCUUCUUGACCAUGGACGUGUAUCAGCAUCCGGCUCGCAGUCUCCAACUGGAUUUGAGGAGGGUGGACCACAUGGAGAUGAUCAUCAAUUGCGUUGUGUUGAUCCAGGCGAUCCCGGUUUUCAAGAAGCUGUUCUUUUAGCCAAGCAACAUCCUUUAUAUGAAGACUUUGUGAAGACUUUGUCGGACACCAAGGACCCACAGUUCAGCAACACUGAGUGUCAAUCUGCUCGACAGGAUCUAUGCUUUGCAGACCUUGUGGGCUUCAGUGAAUUUCUCACGCAAAAAGGUGUCGAUCCCUUGGAUCUUUCCAGAGUCAACUUCAUCAACCACAAGCUCCAGAAUGUGGAGAGCAUUGAUACGGCCAAUCACAAGGACGAGGAUGGUGAUGUGAUUCCAAGCGGUCCUCCGCCAUCGCUGGUUGCGCAAGACGUACGUGAGAUUGAGAAGUGUCACGAUGGCGAAGAAGCAACGCCGUCAACAACACAGGGAUUGACCAAGGGCGACGCCUGCGACGAACCAGUGCCGCCAGGAAUCCAUGCUUCCACAGAUGCCGCUGCCAAUAGCGCCAAUAGCUGCAAUUGCCUGAGACCUGGUCGCCUUUCUGAUGAAGCAGGCACUUCUGUGCAGGAGCCCCAAUCAGAUCAGGCAUCGGCAUUGGCAUUGGGUACGUCCGUUGAGCCAGCAUCAUCUGGUGGUGAAAAUCCUACACAGCAUGACAAGCCACGCAAUCUUUUUGGAGGAGAUGAACCAGAAGGUGUAAUUGAUAGUGACAAUCUCAGUCCAAGUACACCACCCGGGGUCAAGAUCACGGCAGGUGACGUUGCUUCCGAUGCAGGCAAGGCAGACUCCGAUUAUGAAAGUCAGCCAGUGAAAAGACGUAGACGUACAGAGACAGAAAGCAAGACCAAGGAUUCAGAGGGCAACGUUGGGGACACCAACGCUGCCAAUACAGCCAUUCCUGCACAGACCACCAGCACCACUGAGACUGAGAUGAAUGAAACUGGUGAAAGCACCAAAAAGAUUGACCAUCCUGAUCGAGAUGAUGUUGGCAAGGAUGGUUCUCCCAGCAAAGUUUCUCCCAGCGAAGGCCAUGUUGACUUGGGUGAACUUGCGUGGGCUCGUCACCAUCGCAUUUUGAAUGAAGACGACUCUGUUGACAUCGAGAACCUGCUGACGAAUGUGGCAUCCAUGUACGUUCGCAAGGGCAAAGACUUGCUUGGAAAGGAUGUCUUGUCACUGCCUACUGACAUGAAAAUGGAAUUCCUGUCGCCACUUCGGUGCAGCUUGGCAUUCAUAUGCGAGAAGGAACCGUGGAAACAGCAGUUCCUCAUCAACAACGUCGUCAGCCAAUCGGUGUGCGUGUUCGACGAUGUUGUCAGUCUCGGAUCGAUUGGGGAGUGUGCAGAUGUGGACAUGGACCUCGCCGAUGAUGCAGAUGACCGAAAGAAGAACAAGGCCAAAAAGCCGCACUACUGUCUGCAACACAAAAAACCAUGCGACCCGAGGACUUUGGGCGACAUCUUCAUUUUGAAGAGUGGAUUCUCAUGCAAAGGGAACAGCCUGAUGAACACGAAGUUCUCGGAGUACAGGGAGUCAAUGAAACGCCAGGACCAUACCAACUGCUCUGUGAGCACGUUCUACGGAACACUGGGUGUUAUCUCAGCUGUGCGGCCGAAGCUUGUCGUUUUAGAGAAUGUAUCUGGUAUAGGCAGCGAGUCAGUGUCAGACUCCAACCUCAGCAAGGCACUGGACGAGCUUAGCUCGUUGGAUGGAGGUAUGUAUGCUUGCCGCGUCUUCCACAUCACAACAUCAGAUUACAUUCUUCCUCAGAAAAGGGUCUAUGUGGUCGCAGUACGGUUGGAUGGAUCCGUGACACCAGCAACGGAUCCCGGGCAAUUCUUCAAUGAUGUAGCAAAGAUGUUGGAUGCACUCAAGACAGGCCCUUUACCACUCGAUCGCUUCAUUUUGCCAGCAAAUGACAUGUAUCUCAAGGCUGAACUUGCCCGUCGACAAGAAGCUAGGGCAGAGCAUGACAGGCGUGUUGCAGAAGGUGAGAUUCAGAAAGACACAAAAUGGGUGACGAUGCACAUGGACUUCUGCGAGGAGCUGGGUGUCGCUUGGCCGCCUCCUGUGCCACCCUCUCUCCACGAUAACCCGUGGCUGUCUACGAUCCUGCCCAGGGAGAAGGAGAUUUUGUGCGUGGCUGGAACCAUGGAUCCCGCAAAUGUUUGGGCUGAUACUAGUCAGAUGAUGGCACGAGCUAGGUUUAGUGUUUCCGAAUUGUCCCCGACAAUCACCCCAGGAGCUCACCUUUUCAAUUUCAAGUUAAAUAGGUACCUCACGGGCCGAGAUUUCAUGCGUGUGCAAGGGUAUCCGUAUGAGUCUUUGCCUGGUGCUGCCGCUUGCACAGAUGUUCAAUUGAGCGACCUUGCCGGGAAUUCGUUUUCAACUUCAGCCAUUUGUGCGGUUGAUGUGUCCCUUCUGUUGUGUGCCGAGUGCCUGACUGAAGAUGAUGGUACACAGGCCGCUGUCCAGCAGGCCAUGUCCAUGUCCAUAAGUGACAUUGAUUUUGACCUGGAGUUUUGA